UUGUAUGCAUACUCCGUCAUGAGCUCCCUCGCAUUUCUAGUGACUGAGCUUCAGUCCUUGGCGAGCGAAACUCGGCGGAAGCAUCCCGACAUUCGUGAGGCUGCGGAGAAGUCUCUCGCCAUCUUACGCGCUUCCCCGGAGCAGGCAACGGCAAACUUAGCGUCUGAUGGCCCACAAUCUGAAGACCUGUUACGACCAGUGUUUAUGGGAUGCGCCACCAAGAAUGCAAAAGUCGUUGCAAUAUCGCUCGGCUCGCUGCAACGGUUAAUAGCGCUCAAGGCAGUUCCUCAAUCGGCUGUCGAACGAAUCGUGAACACAAUGAGCGACGCGAUGAGCCAGGGUGUUGACAUUCAACUCCGUAUCCUUCAAACCCUGCUUUCGCUUAUCACCAACUUUCCUGCAGUUCAUGGAGGACUUCUGGGAGAUGCUCUUUUACUGUGCUUCAAGUUGCAGGAGUCUAAAAUUGCUGUUGUGUCCUCGACCGCUGCGGCCACACUUCGGCAAUUGGUCAUGUUCGUAUUCGACAAGAUGGUGGACGAGGACAGACGAGACGACCCUGACGUAGCGCAAUGGCAAGAUGUAAGGCUACCAAAUGGGACGACCAAAUCACUCGGUCCUUCCGCCCGCGACGCGUUCUCCGUCUUCGAGGAUCUCUGUCUCCUCGCCAACUCUGAAAAACCCAACUUCCUCAAACUCGAAUUCCUCCACAAGACAUUUGCGUUGGAGCUCAUUGAGAGCGUACUCACCAAUUACCAUGACCUGUUCCGCAAGCACACCGAGCUCGUGCUCCUCCUCCAACUUCACCUCUGCCCCCUACUUCUCAAAGCCCUUUCCGACCGACCCUCGUUUCCACUCACCCUACGAUGCACCCGUGUGGUAUUCCUGCUUCUCAAGCAGUUUUCUGCGGAGUUGGAGACAGAGGCGGAGAUAUUCCUGAUGCUACUCAUCAAAAUCAUUGGCGAGGAACACGCCGAGCAGGAAUCGCGACCCCACUGGAUGCGCGUGAUCGCGAUGGAGAUCAUGCGUGGUCUAUGUAGCGAUGCUGAACUUAUUCGUAACGUCUGGGCCCGCUACGAUGCGCGACAUUCUGGCUCGAAUGUCUUUGGUGCCCUUUUAACUGCGUUAAAACGACUGAUCACCGAAAGACCUGCCCUAUUGGGCGCGUCGACCCAAAUAUUUGGCGUGGGUGUGCAACCAGAGGGUGCUUCAGGGUACGGAUUGGAUGUUGGAGGCGUUGCUGGUAUGGUUGCCAAUGCGGCGAGUGCGACCGUAUCUGGAGUUGUUGGAAUGAUGGGAGGUACCGGUGGUCUGAGUUUGCAAGGUUCUUCGAUGAAACUGCAAUGUAUUGACCAACUCGACAAAGCCGAUGCUCCACCCAUCCCAGACUCAUACAUCUACCUUCUCGGAGUUCAAUGCAUCGUCUCCCUGUGUGAAGGUUUUGCUGCAUAUACGGGUCCAGUUUAUAGCACCAUCGUUAUUCAGAGGCCCAGGGCGGCAGGAGAAGCCGUCAUCCGUGCACCUCCCGCCCUCGAUCUCGCAGCUUUGCCUACUGAAGACCCAACUACAAUCCAGCUUCAAACUGUUAGCGCGUUGUUGGAAAGUGGCUGGCCCGCUCUGCUCGCUGCACUUUCAUUCAUAAUAGCUACCAACCUUUCGGACGAACUGUUCGUCGAAGUUCUUGCCAGCUACCAGGCCAUGACCAAUGUGGCUGGUAUGCUUGGUUUGACCACACCACGAGACGCCUUCUUCACCAGUUUGGCCAAGUUUGCGGUGCCUACUCGCGUCGUUUCCAGCCUCGACCAUUCUUAUGGCACGGAAAUGCAGACCCCACGGUCUGCCGCGUCUAUCACCGAGAAUCUCGGCUUUUCGACUACAUCUACACAACCACCAGGUCUUUCGGAGCGUAACCUCGCAUGUCUCAAAGUCCUUGUUUCCAGCGCUGUUUUCCUUGCGGGAAGUCUGGGCGAGAGCUGGUUUGGCAUUCUGGAGGCUCUUCAGAAUGCCGAUUAUGUUCUAACUUCGAAGGGUACAAGUGCCCCGAAGCGAUCAUUUAGUGGGUCGCUUCCGUCGACACGAGGGGCUCCCAGCUCGAGGCACGUGUUACUUUCCGACCUGGAUCCGGAUGCCUUGCAAGGCGCGAUACAACGACUAUUCGACGCGACGAAGAAUUUGGAAGACGAUGCGUUCAGGCAUUUCGUGAAUGCGUUAUGUAAGCUCAGUUCCGAGAUGGUCGGAAUGCAAGCAGAGGCCCGAGAAGGAGAUGGGCAGCUCGUUGAUGCUCUGGAGAAUAAUCUGGAUGAGCCCCAGAGCGCAACACUCUCUCCGCGAAUAGAAAUGCACCGGAGGCGAGUCAGUGGAAUUCAUUUACCUCGUACUUUGCGCUCUGGAGAUUUCGGUAUAAGUAAGUUAGGAGGAGUGUCCCUUCUCAAUAUCCACCGACUCAUAUAUCGGUCACCGGAUGUGGCCUGGGACAUUACGACCAGCCACCUGCUCUCCAUCAUAUGUUCUACCCACGCUCCACAACCCAUUCGAGUCCAAGCUGCCCGUGUCUUGGACGACAUCCUUGUCAUCGUUCCACGAAACCUUUCAAGUACUGGCGACCUCCAAGCUCAGGUCCAGAAGCGCGUGCUUGAUGUACUUGCUCAGCAAAUCGUGAUGGAUUAUUCAAUACCAGGAGCGAGUUCCAAUGCUGGAGUUGAGCUUCGGAAGAUGGGUCUGGAGACUCUCCAUCAGAUCCUGGAAGCCUCGGGACAUACUCUAGUCGUUGGCUGGGAGACAAUAUUUGAGAUGUUGGGGAGUGUCUGCAAGCCCACAUCUUUACCUCGAUCUCGGUCAGAAGAUACACUCUCAGCCGCAUCAUCUCCCGUGACGCGCACAAAGCCAUCGCCACUGGGUCUAGGAAACCCAACUGAGAAAGGAUCGGCAGCGCUAGUCAAGAUAGCGUUUCAAUCGCUCACACUCGUUUGCGAUUCAGUGUCAUCGCUGUCACCAGAACACCUACGACUAUGCAUCAGCACUCUCGGGCAAUUCGGUCGUCAAUCAGACACGAAUAUCGCGCUGACUGCUGCCGCAAGCUUGCUCUGGAGUGUUUCUGAUGCUAUUCAGUCCAAGCGAAAGGACGAAGAACACGAGCCCGAGUACAACGCGUUGUGGAUGUUUCUCCUACAAGAGGUUCUUGGCCUUGGGACCGACUCGCGUCCCGAAGUUCGUGAUGGCGCCAUCCAAACUCUGUUCCGGACAAUGCAGCUGUAUGGCGCCACGCUUAGUCAGGCGACAUGGGACGAGUGUAUCUGGAAAAUUACUUUCCCUCUUCUGGACGCGUUAACAGCAGAAAUACGACGAUUGGGCUAUGUAGCUUCGCCCCGCGCGACAGAGCCACCUUCAGCGGUUACAACGAUGACGACGACCGCCGCGGUACCUUUAGAACAGGCCUGGGACGACUCCAAGACGCUUGCCCUUCAAUCUAUUGGCUCGUUGUUGCACGACUUCUUAUCGACCAAGAUAAUACAACUGGACUCGUUCGUGAAAGCUUGGGGAGUCUUUGUGGACCACAUCCAAGACACUGUCCUGCUGGAUAACCGCUCCAUUAGCCCCCCCGCGCUGCGUUCUCUGGAGAAAGCUGUAAAGGCAGCGUCUGCGGCAGACACUGAUGCCAAAGACAAGGUUGCCGAAAUUUGGCAGCGCGUGUGGUCAAUGGCCGAUCAGGUUGGCGACGCUAUUCUCAAACGCGGAAGUGCUGUCUCGCCCGUGCAGGGGAGUCCGCAUAAGCCGUUCACCCAAGAAAGCCUUGUUGCCUUUUUGGAUGUAAUAAGGUGUACGAGGAAUACGAGUCGUUCUUUGGAGAAGGCAGAAUGGCCGCUGGAGCGAUUAACUCGGCUCAUGGCCAUAUUAAAGGGUAUCCUUACUUACCCCAGUUCUCCGGACUAUCGACCAGAUAUCGACCAGCUGCCGCCAGUUCAAGCGAUCGUACUCGAAACGAUUGCGGACAUUGAUCUAACCGCUGCAGGCACUGCGUCUCUCGUGAUGAGAGAUCUUUCAGAGUUCGCGACUCUACCUUUCCUCGCUGCAUUCGAUGUGCCGCCCGACCCCAAGACACAAACACCGGCAAAGCGGGUCACGUAUAUCGCCCUAGCCAAGAAGGUCAUGCCAACGCUAGUCGAGCUAUUCUUGCGAUUCAAGGAGCGGGAAGAGAUUUAUGCUGACGGGACGAUCGAAGCACUUCUUUCUGCGUACUCCAUCCCAGUUAAACUCAAAUACGAUUGCCCGCCUGCGUCGAAGUUUGGCAAAGACCAACCGCUAUGGAAGACGGCAACGUCAAACUUUCUCAAGAUCGUGAAAGAAUGUGUGCUGCCGAUGCAGAACAUGGGCGAUGCUAUUCCGGAUGAGCAUAUCGAAGGGAUAUGGAGGCAACUUUUAGAUGUGUUCAGAGGAGGAAUACUGGCGGACUGCUCCAUAUUCGAAUCCUUUCCGCUGGAAAAGCAAGAAGAGGAGGAGAACUUCGAUCUGGCUCUUAUUGGCGCGCUCGAAAUCGACGUUGUCCCAUAUCUCGGGAACGAACGGGUGCCGGACUAUCUUGUCGCGCAGCUGGCCAAAAUACUACAACACGGGAGCCGCUUGUAUAGUGUUGAGCCACAGUCGCCCGCGUCGUCUUCGGGAUCAAGGGAGUUUGAGAAGGUUGAUAUUGAAACGAUGUUUGAUGCCGGGACGACAGAGGCAGCGGCGCUCGUUCCCAGAGAGCGAUUCUCGUAUUGGUGUUUCGACCUGUUGUUCUUGGUCUGUUCAGAUACUACCAAGGAGCAAGAGCUGGCUCGUAGGCGGCUGGCAGCGCUGAGCUUACCGUCACUACUCAGUCGGUGCAAUAAUGUGCUGUCAUCAUAUGUUGCAGACGAGGCGCUUCGCGGGAACCUGCCUUUCUCCCGGGCGCGAGACGACGAACUGAUAUAUGUCCUCCGCAAACUACUCGAGCUGCAACUGUGGCCCGGCUCGCUGUGGGCCGCGCUGUCACCUGACCCAACAAGAUUCGCAGCUGAACAAUCUCCGGUCGACACGGCCCUCUCGCCCAAGGAGCUGAUUGCUGACGCGGUCCGGCGCUCCCGCGUUGCGCAUCUAUUCCACUUCUACCCGUUGCUGUGCGAGAUUGCGUCAAUACCGAGGCGGACGCCGGCAGCGUGGGUCGCGGUAAAGCAGGGGGCCAAGGAGCUGGAUGCACGGACAUUGGCGAGGGAGUGUCUGAAAGUCCUCGGCAAGGAGAUGGGCGUGUGA